AUGGUGGUAAGCUAUCCCAUAUACCCGCAACACAUAAAUCUGUCAAUGUUCGACGUCACAACUUUCACUUCCGGCACCAAUGCAAAAAAACUAGUUCAGGGUUCUUCAAAGUACGGGUCGCGAUCCAGUGCAAGCUCAUGUUCAUUUGCAACAGGAAUCAUAAUCAUAAUGAAAGUUAUCGUGUUGGCGAUGUUCGUGGCCGCGGCGCUGGCUGACAAACCGUCCUUCUCCUACGACGCCCCUGCAUCCCGCCCAUCCGGUCCCGUCAGGGUAGUCGAAAUCGUCCGCGACGAUCGAAUCCAUCCUGCCGCUGACGGCUCUUACACCUUCGACGUCGAGACCGAGGACGGCAUCGUCAGGCACGAGGCUGGUGGCCCAGGAGGUGCUCAGCAAGGCUCAGUCAGUUUGCAACAGGAAUCAUAA